UGCAGUGAGUGGCAUCUGAUGGACGUCGUAGCAACUGGUGCUUUCUUAUGCAAAUCGGUCUCAUUCAUGGGUACCAAAAGGUAAAGGACAAGCAGAGGUUUCAGGAGAAGAAGCGCACUUUUUAUCCCAAGGACGGAGGCUGGGUUGCUAUCCAACAGUCUGUUUAGUGUUAACGUUACGCAAGGAGGUUAAAGAAUCACUUGCGUUACGUAAAACUAAAACUAUCCAAAACAAUCAUGCCCGAAGGACCAAGCGUACUACAAUGGGGAGAAGUCGCCCGACAGUUUACUGGGCGUGAGAUCAACCGGGUCGAAGGGAACACAAAGACCGUGAACAAGGAAGAACUUGUAGGCUGCAGACUCAACGAUGUCAAGGUGUACGGCAAGGAACUUUUCCUGCAGUUUGUACAAAAGUCGCCAGUGCGCGGUGAUGAGCGGAGCACGUGGAUAAGGUACCACUUCUUGAUGUGGGGCAGUCUGCGAGCCAACGAGUACAAGGGAAUUUCAAGACAGUCCAAGACCGGUAAAGUUCCCGUUCCGCGGUUGGUACUGCACUUUGCAAAGGAGGAAUUUUUGGCUUUCUAUGGAGGGAGCAUGGGUGAGGUAGACUCUCCAGCUUGCGACCAGGGCACUGAUAUUCUUACAGCUUCCUUCGAUGUUGAGAAGGCGACAGACGCGAUACAACAUGCCCAACCAGUCUGCUACACUCUCCUAGACCAGACUUGUUUCUCAGGAUUGGGUAACAUCAUCAAGAACGAGGUGCUGUACGCGGCCAAGGUGCAUCCUCUGCAACCUGGCAACAUGUUGUCAAGGCAACGGGCAUUGUGCGUGGUGGAGCAAGCCUUGGCGUUCAGCUCGACAUGGAUGGAACACAAAGACGAGCACAAGAAGUUCAAGGAGCACUGGCAGAUCUACUUUAAGAAGGACUGUCCGUUGGGUCACAAGACGUCCCGCGAUUGGUUCGGGCCCGAGGACGGUCUGCAGCGCGUGACGACCUGGUGUUCCACAUGUCAGCUGCUAGAGGGCGCAUCGCAGGAGCAAGUCUACCCAAGGAAGAUUGGACACGUGGGAAAGAGGAAACGUUCAGCAUCACAGAAGGGAGGAAAGUCACGUCGUUGUGCAAGUACUGUGAAAAAACUGGACGUUCCUGAGAAUAGCAAGAGCAGUACAGAUAGAGGAAAAAGGAGUAAAGUGUCACAAACAGGGAAGCAGCUGACAGGAACACAGAAGAGAAAGAAACUUGAGAAAAAGCCAGUCAUAGAUCCUGAAUCUGAGGAGGAUUUUUGCACAGGCAAGAAAGUCAAGUUUCAGCCCAGAAAGCAGCAUCAUAGAGGAAAAUCUGGGGAUCAGAAAUGCUCUAAAAGGAGAACAAGACCAUGAUUCUAGAGUUCCACUGUUGGUGUUGAAAUUCAUAAUUUUUAGAAGAAACAACACAAGUGACACAACUUUGAGAACAAAGAAGACAAGGUUUUUUGUUUGUUUUUGGGAUCACGAAGUAGAAUCUUAUCUCAUGAAGCCAGUGUAAUUACCGCUAGGCUAAAAGUUCAGGACCUGUCAGGCUGGUCAGAUGGUGGGACUUGAACUUACAUAUACACAAAAUUGUAAUUGCAAGAAAAUCCCUUCUUGUGGUCAGAAGAAAGUGUGCAAAAAGAAAGUUUUGCUAUAGACUGAUGUAAUUACUAAUAUGACCAAAAAAUUUCAUUGGGACUGCAAGCACUGUACCUUAGUGACCUUUAUAUGCUGUUAAGAGGGGAAAUGUCUGUCGUGGUUUAACAUUUGUGCCAUUUCACAGUGAGAUUUUGCAAAAUUUAGAGUAAAAAGCUAGCGUUCUAACGGUACUCAUGAGGAGACUUUUAAUUAAAAUUCUUUUAACACCACAUGUAAUUAGAAAGAUCUGGUCAGUUAGGAGGGUCAUAUCAACAUUUUUCAUGGUUGAUCAGAUAUUGUUUCUAAAGUACCUACGAGCAAAGUACCACUAUUUUAGUUCAUAAUUAGUGUAAUAGUCGCAAAUUAUAGUUCGCUGACCCAUUAUGCUAAAAAUGCUAGCUGCAACCCUGUGCACAAUGAUGUUUAGAAUGUGUAAUCCACAAUUAGCAGCACCAAAGCUGUUAAAGAAAAACAUAGCUACACAGAUAUAAAAACAGGUGAGAUUUUUUAUUCUAUUUUGCAUAGUGGGUGAGUCCAUCAGACGAGACUUACAAAGACAGGCACAGCAAUUUGAGAGGAAUGCUCUUAACCAACUAUUGACCCUAUAAACAAUGUCCUCCAUGAUUAGCAGAACUAGUCUAUUAUAAUCAGGUAUUUUCACUGAAGCGACUAUGAGGAAAGUAUUGUCUGCCAUGUUACAACUUGGACGGUUAAACCUGGUUGUUACUGGGUAAUUUAGUGAAUGUGGCUACAGUCACAUAAUCAUGAUAUUUGACAAAUGUGUAUUCAUACUCAUAGGCCUGAAACUUGCAGGUUCAAUGGACCAACAUGACGAAUGUCACCUCACGUGACAAAUACCAAAAUUAAGGGACGGACAGUGCAUUAGAUUACUUACACCUCGCAAAAUACAUAUUAUACAAUAAUUACAAUUGCAACAUUUCUACAGCUACAGAGCUCUGUGAUUUUUCUCAGCUUUUCACCUUUUCUCUGCAUUUUUCUCCUUCCUUAUACAAUCUUUCCUACUGCUGCAUUUCAAGACAUUCUUUCCUAUGCCCAAGUUCACAGUUCUGAGUGUGCAUGCAUAGGUGUCAUGCAGGGUGAUAUAAGGAAAAGGUUUAUUGCAACUGCCUUGUACGUACCCUGGGAGCCAGACAGGACCGGGUAGCUAGCAAGUUUUGUUCGGGGAGCCAAGGCAGUCAGCCUGCCGAUCUCACAUUAGCGCUCCGGGGGAGUUUAAGCCCGAAGUAGUUAUCGCUACAGGUAGACCUAAUCGGGCUUAAACUCCCCGGGGCGCUAAUAGGAGCUCGUCGGGCCUGACUGUCUUGGGCCACUGAAUAAACUGUCCUAGCUGCCCGAUCCCGGAUGGCCCCCAAGGUACCUUGUACAAAGCAUGAGCCAGGGGCCUUGAACUUUGACCCUAUAUCACAAAGCAUCACAACUGCACGUGUGCACUUGAACUGUGAAAUGGCUUAUUGUAGGCAUAAAAUAUCUUAACUAACUUUAAAGUUUUCACUGUUAUUACUUUGAACUGCAUU